AUGUUCCUAUCCCUAUUUGAACUCCUCGUCUACCAAACUCACCAUAUCCCCGUCAUCGGCCACUUGAAAUCCUCCCAACCUAAACUCGACGUACCAUCAUUAUUUAUCGAUAUGAAGUACUUGGCUGUUCUUUUGGCUUUUGCCGCCUCUUCUAAUGCUGCUUGGUGCAACGCCGGAUGGGGCAAGCCCGCCGGAGCCUCAUGCCCGUCUGGCUACACCAACACCUACUGUUGUGAGGAGCCUGGAAGUCAACACGGGGACUUUGGUUCGCAAAAAGUCUGCGUUAACCCGUCCAACGGCGCCGGCACUGCGCCUGUUCUGAGUUCAUGCCUGGGUAGCGGUUUCGUGCGCUGCUGUCCGUAA